AAGAAGAUAGUUCAAUUGCCGGUUGGAAUGUUGAAGAUAUGGAUAAGAUUCAACUUAAAUUUGAUCAAACUGUUAAAAUUGAUGAAGAUAGAAUCCAUAGUUUAUAUGUUUCUGAUGAUAAGAAACUUGCUUAUAUUGUUAUGGUGAGUAAUUUAGUAAUCGAUAUGAAUAAUAAAGAUAAAAAAAAAAUUGCAAUAAAUUUAAAUGCAAUAUAUGCUGAUUCUUGUACCUUUAAUUUAAAAGGUGAAUUUAUUUUAUAUAGUACGAUUUGGCCUCAUUCUGAUUUUGAAAGAAAUAAAAUUAUUUGGAUUUAUUCAACACAAACUAAAAAUAACAAAUGGGAAUGUAAGAGAUUUUACAGGAUACCUGAAGAUUAUGAAUUAAUUAGUAUAUCAAAAUAUGAUAAUGUUUACCUUUUUUUAAAUUAUUUCAUUUAUGAAUGGAAUAUUAAUACUGAGAAAAGUGUUAAAAUAUUUGUUAAUAAUAAGGAUAAGAAUAAGGUAAUAAAUAUUAUAAAAUUAUUUUCAACCCAAUUGAUGUUAAAUUAUAAUUAAUUUGAGACAGAAAAUAUCGGAAUAUUUAGUAAUGAAAAGUUUAUUUUUCUAAAAAUCAAUGAUAAAAUCAUCAUUUAUUCAAUCGAAUUGAGAAUUACUAUUUCUUCUUUGGAUAUAGAUAAUGAUAUUCAACUAUAUAAU